AUGGUGGUGGCGGUGGCAGUGGUGGUGGCGGCGGCGGCGGAGGGAGGUGGUUGCGGCGGUGGUGGUGUUGGGUCAUGGCAGUAUGUAGUGGUAGCAGCGAUGAUGAUGGUGGUCGAAGGUGAUCGUGAUGAUGGUGGUGGCAGUGGUGGUGCCAGCGGUGGUGAUAGCUAUGAUGACAACGACGGUGGUGACAGUGGUAGUUGCGGCGGCGGUUGCGAUGGUGGCAGCGGAGGUAGUGGAGGCGGAUCUGGUAGUGGUGGAGAGUGGUGGUAG